AUGGGUGAUCGUGAAGCUGAUGUCCCAGCCCCAAUUACUCGAGCGGAUCUGGACGCUCAAAACCACCGGAUCGACAACCUAACCACCCAAUUUGGGGAGAUGCGAGAAUUGUUGUUGCAAGCUCUUGGUGGCAACCAUAGGCGAGGAGGCAGGGAUGACGAAAGAAGAGAAGGCAGGGAUGAUAAUCGAAGAGAAGGUAGAGAUGGCGAGAGAAGAGAUAAUAGGAGGCAACUUAUUCCGGAUAGUGAGUCAGAGUCAGAAGAAGAACUUGAAGAACCACCACCACCGGCUAAUAAUCCUCGUAAUCGUAAUCGUAAUUACGAGAAUUUUGGCGACUAUCGGAUUAAAGCAGAAAUUCCUAACUUUUGGGGAAAUCUGAAGAUUGAAGACUUCUUGGAUUGGCUUGUAGAAGUGGAGAGGUUUUUCGAUAUUAUGGAGGUUCCUGAGCAUAAGAUGGUGAAGAUGGUAGCUUUCCGUCUUAAAGCUACAGCGGCUGUUUGGUGGGAUCAAUUGCAAAAUUUACGGCAGAGGCAAGGAAAGCAGCGGGUUCGAACAUGGCGGAAGAUGAAGUCGCUUAUGAUGGAACGAUUCUUGCCCACAGAUUAUGAGCAGAUUCUCUACCGUAUGUACCUAGGCUGUGCGCAAGGCACCCGUUCAGUUUCUGAAUAUACCGAAGAAUUCAUGCGUUUGGCAGAGCGAAACCAUUUGACCGAGACUGACAACCAAAAGGUCGCGAGGUACAACAAUGGGCUGAAGAUUUCCAUCCAGGAAAAAAUUGGUAUGCAGAAUAUAUGGACUUUGCAGGAGGCGAUUAACAUGGCAUUGAAGGCUGAAUUGUUGGAGAAGGAGAAACGCCAACCCAACUUCCGCAGGAACACGACGGAAGCCUCUGAAUAUACUGCUGGUGCUUCUAGUGGCUCAGGAGAUAAGGGAAAAGCACAGCAGCAGAAUCUUGGAGGAUCGACAAAACCAGCAACAGUUGGCCAAAACAAAAAUUUCAACGAAGGUAGCAGCCGGAAUUACAACAGAGGGCAACCCCGAAACCAGUCCCAGAAUCCGUAUGCUAAGCCCAUGACGGACAUAUGUUACCGUUGCCAAAAACCAGGGCAUCGUUCUAAUGUUUGUCCAGAACGGAAGCAGGCCAACUUUAUCGAAGAAGCCGAUGAAGAUGAGGAAAACGAUGAAGUCGGGAAGAUGAUUAUGCAGGGGCUGAAUUUGCAGUUGAGGAAGGAAUGGAGAAGAUUACCUUGGUUUUGCAGAGAGUUCUUUUGGCACCAAAGGAGGAAGGGCAGCGUCAUAGUAUUUUUCGUUCCCUCUGCUCAAUCAAAAACAAGUUGCGAGAAUUUCGUGUCAAAGAAAUUGGUGGAGUAUUUGCAGUUAUCUACGGAGCCUCAUGUCAGCCCUUACUCACUAGGUUGGGUUAAAAAAGGCCCUUCGGUUCGUGUAGCUGAGACUUGCCGAGGGCCACUGUCAAUUGGUAAGCAUUACAGAGAUGAAAUAUUAUGUGAUGUUAUUGACAUGGAUGCAUGCCAUAUUUUGUUAGGGCGACCUUGGCAAUUUGAUGUGGAUGCAACUUUCAAGGGACGAGAUAAUGUAAUUCUGUUCUCUUGGAACAACCGGAAAAUUGCAAUGGCAACCACACAGCCCGCAAAGCAAUCUGUUGAGCCCAAGACGAGGAGUUCUAGUUUUCUAACCCUAAUUCACAGCGAGCAGGAGUUGAACGAGGCUGUCAAAGAAGCGGAGUGUUUUUGUCCCUUGGUGUUGAAGGGGUUGUUAAAAAUUGGCGGAGGAGAAGGUGACAUUCCACAAGAUGUGCAGCAGAUUUUGAAUCAAUUUCAGGAACUACUUUCUGAAAAUCUGCCAAACGAGCUGCCUCCUAUGCGGGACAUACAGCACCGAAUUGACUUGGUGCCUGGAGCUAGCCUUCCGAAUCUGCCCCAUUAUCGGAUGAGCCCCAAGGAGAAUGACAUCCUGAGAGAACAGAUUGAAGAAUUACUGCGGAAAGGAUUUAUCCGGGAGAGUUUGAGUCCCUGCGCAGUUCCUGUUUUGCUGGUUCCAAAAAAAGACAAAACUUGGCGAAUGUGUGUUGAUAGCCGGGCAAUCAACAAGAUAACAGUCAAGUACAGGUUUCCCAUUCCACGGUUAGAAGAUAUGCUGGACGUUCUUGGCGGCUCAAGGGUGUUUUCCAAGAUAGAUUUGCGAAGCGGAUACCACCAGAUUCGCAUACGACCUGGAGACGAAUGGAAAACAGCGUUCAAGAGCAAGGACGGAUUAUUUGAAUGGUUGGUGAUGCCAUUCGGAUUGUCAAAUGCACCUAGCACUUUCAUGCGACUCAUGAAUCAGGUAGAUGACGAGAAGAUCAAGGCAAUCCUUGACUGGCCAGCUCCAAAACAGUUUCUGAACACCGUUGCUGCACCUAUCACAGAAUGUUUGAAGAAGGGCCGGUUCAGCUGGGGAGAGGAGCAAGAGAGAAGCUUUGCAGAAAUAAAAGAAAAGCUUUGCACCGCACCGGUUCUAGCUCUUCCAAACUUUGAGAAAGUUUUCGAAGUUGAAUGUGAUGCCAGCGGUGUGGGAGUCGGAGCUGUGCUCUCACAAGACAAGCGGCCAAUUGCGUUCUUUUCUGAAAAGUUGAGCGAUGCACGUCAAAAGUGGAGUACUUAUGACCAAGAGUUCUAUGCGGUUGUUCGAGCUUUGAAGCAAUGGGAGCACUAUCUUAUCCAGAAGGAAUUUUUUUUGUUUACAGAUCAUCAAGCGUUGAAGUAUAUUAACAGCCAGAAAAAUAUUGAUAAAAUGCAUGCUAGAUGGAUGACUUUUUUGCAGAAAUUUUCGUUCGUUAUCAAGCAUACUUUCGGCAAGACCAAUCGUGUGGCAAAUGCGCUGAGUAGGAGAGCUUCAUUAUUAGUCACGCUGACUCAAGAAGUUGUGGGGUUUGAAUGUCUGAAGGAAUUAUAUGCAGGUGACGAUGAUUUCCGGGAAAUUUGGAUUAAGUGCACUAAUCAAGAGCCAAUGGCAGAUUACUUUCUCAAUGAAGGUUAUUUGUUCAAAGGCAACCAGCUGUGUAUUCCAGUUUCUUCUUUAAGGGAGAAGCUCAUUCGGGACUUGCAUGGUGGAGGGUUGAGUGGCCACCUAGGCCGUGACAAAACAAUUGCAUUGUUGGAGGAGAGAUUUUACUGGCCACAGCUCAAACGUGAUGUUGGAACUAUUGUGCGCAAGUGCUACAUUUGUCAAACUUCGAAGGGACAGGUACAAAACACUGGAUUAUAUAUGCCAUUACCAGUUCCUAACGAUAUUUGGCAGGAUCUUGCUAUGGAUUUUGUCCUCGGAUUGCCCCGAACACAAAGGGGAGUGGACUCUGUAUUUGUGGUGGUUGAUCGGUUCUCAAAAAUGGCGCAUUUCAUAGCCUGCAAAAAGACUGCCGAUGCAUCAAAUAUAGCCAAACUGUUUUUCAGGGAGGUUGUUCGCUUGCAUGGGGUUCCUACAUCCAUUACAUCUGAUCGUGACACCAAGUUCUUGAGUCAUUUUUGGAUCACUUUGUGGAGACUGUUUGGGACUACUUUGAAUCGUAGCAGCACUGCCCAUCCCCAAACUGAUGGCCAGACUGAGGUUACAAACCGGACAUUGGGCAAUAUGGUGCGAAGCGUCUGUGGAGAGAAGCCGAAACAAUGGGAUUAUGCAUUACCGCAGGUGGAGUUUGCAUACAACAGUGCAGUCCAUAGCGCUACUGGGAAGUCUCCAUUUUCCAUUGUUUAUACUGCUAUACCUAACCAUGUUGUAGAUUUGGUGAAACUGCCUAGAGGCCAGCAAACCAGUAUGGCAGCGAAAAAUUUGGCUGAGGAAGUGGUAGCCGUUCGAGAUGAGGUCAAGCAGAAACUUGAGCAAACAAAUGCUAAGUACAAAGCUGCUGCGGAUAGGCAUCGACGUGUUAAAGUGUUUCAAGAAGGCGAUUCUGUGAUGAUAUUUCUGAGGAAGGAGAGGUUUCCAGUUGGCACUUACAGCAAGCUUAAACCGAAGAAAUAUGGUCCUUACAAAGUGCUCAAACGGAUCAAUGAUAAUGCCUAUGUUAUUGAGUUACCGGAUUCCAUGGGAAUUUCCAAUAUUUUUAAUGUUGCAGAUUUAUAUGAGUUCCGUGAAGAUGAGGUUCUUUAUCCAGAUCAUAACUCGGGGUCGAGUUCUUCGAGGUGGAGAGGACUGAUGUAG